AUGGAUGAUAAUGAAGAAUUGCCAUUCAGAUUAGUGGGUUUAUCCAGAGCCGAAUUGUACAAUGAAUUAUACGCUGAUAUUCCUUUGGGAAAUGAAUCAGGAAACGAUUCGGAUGAUAUUGGUAGUGAUUCUGAGAAUGUAAAUGAAUUUCAGAAUAUCGAACCACCAUUAGAACUUGAGAUAGAUGAUGAUUGGGAGGUUGAUGAUCUACUUCCACUCUCAAAUUUUAGAGAUGUUCCGGUCGUUCGACAGAAACCAGAAUGGAAUAAAACUUACAAUGUCGCUGUUGCGACCCAUUUCUCAGAAGACAGUGGCCCUGUGAAUAUUUCUGGCAUUUCUAGACCCUGUCAACUUUUUGAGUUGUUUUUAUCUGAUAACAUACUUGAUGACAUCGUUUUCCAAACGAACUUGUAUGCAACUCAGACUAGACACGGUCGUAUGUUCAAACCUCUGACUAUUAUUGAACUAAAAUGUUUUCUGGGCAUGAAUUUACUGAUGGGGUUGAAAAAAUUGCCUAGCUAUCGGGACUACUGGUCAUCUGCUGCUGACUUUCAUGACAGUUUCGUGAGCAAUUUGAUGACAGUGAAUAGAUUUGGAUGGAUUCUCACAAAUCUCCAUAUCAAUGAUAAUGCAUUGAUGCCAUGUCGUGGUUCGCCUGAUUUCGAUAAACUUUAUAAAAUUAGGCCGUUCCUGUCGUCAUUACAAACAAAUUUUUUGAAGUACUUUAGACCAUCCGAAUUCAUAGCUAUUGAUGAGUCUAUGAUAAAAUUCAAAGGCCGUUCCUCACUAAAACAAUACCUACCAAAAAAGCCUAUCAAACGUGGGUACAAGGUUUGGGUAUUGGCAGAUAAAAGUGGAUAUUGUUAUAAAUUCGAAAUCUACACUGGAAAAACAGGAAACUCGUCCGAGAAAGCUCUUGGGGUGAAAGUUGUGACUACAUUGUGCAAAGGCCUUGAAAACAAAGGUCACAAGUUAUUCUUCGACAAUUAUCUCAGCAGUGUUGAGCUUAUGGAAGAUUUAAAAAAGCUAAAAAUAUUCGCAUGUGCAACUAUAAAUCCAACAAGAAGAGAGUUACCCGUUUUCCGAAUAGAUCAGGAAUUGAAACAGGGCGACUUUGAUCAUUAUACAAGCAACAAUGGCAUAUAUACAGUCAAAUGGAAGGAUAAACGUUGCGUACAUCUGAUUUCGAACUAUCAUCAAUCAAAUGAAGUGACUAAAGUUAAUCGUAAAACAAAAACAGGAGUUAUCCAAGAAGUUCCCUGUCCAGCCAUUCUAUCUGAUUACAAUGCUCACAUGAAUUCCGUUGAUAAGUUGGAUCAACUGAAAAGUUGUUAUGAAAUCGACAGAAAGUCAAAGAAAUGGUGGCAUAGGAUUUUCUUUCACUUUUUAGAUGUAUGUAUUGUUAACGCAUAG